AUGAUUAAGAGCAUCAAGAGGAUAGGCAAGGCCAAGCUGAGGUUCCGCUUUGACGUCGUCGUCCACUCGGCCAGUCUGGUGCCGAAGACCAAGUGGCGCCCAGUGCCACUGGCUGUGACAUGGCGCCGCGGACCGCGGACGGCAUCGACGCCUGCUGCGCCGUUUGUGGCAAACUCGGGCAUUGUCGAGUGGCAGACCUCGCUGUGCAUGCUGGCCACGCUGUACAAGUCGCCCGAGGCGCCGGUCGCGGACGCCAAGCUCUACCGCCUCAGUCUGCUCGCCGUCGAUGCCUCGGCUGGCGCGGGGAAGAAGCCGCGGACGAAGACGUUGGCCACCACAAGCGUCGACUUUGGCGAGUACGCCACUGUGACCGCCAAGCCGGUGACCAAGACGCUUGCGCUCAAGAUCAAGUCCAAGAAGCUGGCGUCGGCUUCGCUCACCGUCACUAUCACCUCGGUCUGCCUCGACGACGCUGGAAGCGGGCCGGCUGCUCAUGGAGCAGGAUCCGACUCGGAGUCGGACUCGGACUCGAUGUCCAUGUCCGCGGUCUCAGAGAUUUCCGGCUGCUCAUCGGACGACGAGGAGGACAGCGCUCCUCCUCCUGCGCUGUCGUUCUCGGCAGCAGCAACGCCGCCGCCGCCCAGCACAACCAGCCAGCCGCUAGCACACCCAACCAGUUUGCGGGCGUCGCCGCCGCGGCAGCGGCGGUCGCCGUCGCUCCGCGGCUCGCGCCAGACUGAUGCGUCGGUAGCAUCGCCUGCUGAGGCGACAGCUGCACCGGUCUCGGUCCCGGUCGGCCCCGGCGCUGUGCCGGGCGGCGCUGGUGGCGCGUCUGAGGUUCGCUACUUGCAGAAGAUGCUGCAGCAGCAGCUGACCGACGCGUGGAAAGAGAAGCAGCGGCAGGAGGAGACCAUCGAAGAGCUGCAAAUGGAGGUAGCCGAAAAGGCGACCAUCAUCCUGCAAUACAAGAGCCAGCUCGACGAGGCCGACGACCGCAUCGCCGAGCUCGAGGCCGAGUCGCGGCUGAACGCGUCGUUGGAGGCCGCAAGCGGCUCAGGAGCGAGCAGCAGCGGCGCAACCCGCGACGAGCUGCUCGCGUUGCUGGAGGACUCGACCGCCAAGGUCGCCGCGCUCAAGGCCAAGAACAAGGCGCGCAAAAUCGAGAUCACGUCACUGGAGAGCCGGCUAGUGGCGGCCGAGGCGGCGCUCGAGCGCGCGUCCACAGCCGCCGCCGCACCGGCCACGCCGCCGCCGGCUCGCGAGCGCGCGCUGUCUGCGUACUCCCUUGCUGCGCUCUCGCCCGACGGAGCGACGCUGCGGACGCCCGGCGGGCGCACGCUCUCGGUCGGCCUGCAGGACGAGGUGCCCGGCUACGGGCGAGUCAUCAAGCUCGACGUCGAGGGCCGCCGAGUGGUGACCGCGUCCGGGCGCGCCAUCUUGGCCACUGACGGCAGCGAGCUCCCGACGGCUGCUGCAGCAGCGGCGGCAACGCCAUCGCCGAGCCUCCGGACUCCGGGAACUCUCGCCGAGCGCCGCGAGCUCCGCCAGCUCACCGACGACUACAACGAGAUGUGCGAGAGGCUCACCGAGAGCCAACGUCGCAACGAGCUCCUUGCAGACGAGGUCGGCGCGCUUCAGCGGCUGGUCGAUCUGUAUGCACCAGACGAUGUCCGCGCACCCAAGACUGUUGCGCCGGGCACCGAGUGCGAUGACCUCAGCCUCUCCGAGGACGGCGUUCGCAUCCGCGCACUCGAAACCAUGCUCGAGCUGGCCGUCUCGGACGCCGAGCUCGCCAAGCAUGAGCGCGAGCUACUCGAGACCGAGUUUGUUUCUACCAAGCUCAAGCUGGCACAGACCGAGUUUGAAAAAGAGGCUGCCCAGAAGGAUGUUCGCAGCCUCGAGCGCAAGUACGCCAAGUCGCGUGAGGUCCAGCGCGCGCUGUCCGAGAAGAUGACCCGGAUGGAGGUCGAGCUCGCCACAAGCCAGGCAACUCGCAAGGGCAAGGGCAAGACGAGGGGCAAGUAAACGGCAGCAGGUAGCGG